GUGUGUAGUAACAUCUUCAAUGAGGAGCUCAGGAUGUUGCUUUGGAAAGCUUUAAGUUUGAUAACUCUGCUAAACAGUUUUUUAUCGGCAGCAUCUGCUCCAGCUCCUGCUAUAGAUGUAUACAUUAAAAGCGAAGGGUAUUAUGAUCGAGGAAAGACACCAAACACACGUGGAAUUGCUUACGUCAAGGUGAACGGCGAGGAUUACUCUCGUCACGGCAGAGGGCAUAACGUUGUUGUUGUGGACGGUGCAACAGGUGUCGUUCUUUCUUCAAAAGUUUUCGACACGAAUGGGAAAAGUAAUGCCGGUAAUGACCUGAGAGAUUACCUCAACAGCAUUAAAGGAAACAAAAUUGUUUUGGUCGCCGUUCAAGAAGGGGGCUGGCGAUUUUCCUCAUCAGCGGUUCGCGCUCUCAAGAGGCUGGGGGCUAGUGGUUCUGUUCGAGGAAGCUAUCGGUCUUCUUUUGCUUUUGCUGGCUACGCAGGCACAAGACAAUCGACGUGGGUGACACAAAAAGAAAACGCAAGAUAUCUUGGGCCCAGUGAAAUAACUCUGAAAAUUCCUCUUUCAUCAAGAGACUAUAAAUGCCAAAACCAAACUCUACCGGGAGACAAAGGCGUCAUUUACUCACCUAACUAUCCAGAAAGGUACCCAGAUGGGCAAUAUUGCAUGUGGAAGAUCAUGUUAAAUGCAUCCUAUCAAGUGGCCUUAAUGUUUACGCACUUCAGUCUGCAAUCUGAAAACAACACAGACGCUGUUUAUGUUUACGAUGGCACCAACCAAACAGGCAAAGAGUUAGGAGUGUUCUAUGGCGGUCAGCUUCCCCCCAGGAAUGGAAUUUAUUCUUCCUCAAACAGCCUUCUUGUAAUAUUCAGAUCAGAUAAGAAUGGUUCCUUCUAUGGGUUCCAAGCUUCUUAUAACGCUGUUAAAUGUUCUGGAGCCCUUGGCAUGGAGAGUGGCGCGAUUUUAGAUGCUCAAAUAAGUGCGUCUUCGCGAAUGAAUGACAACAGCACACCAAGACAGGCGAGACUGAACUUUAUUGAACAGGGCAGCAAGCAAGGGGGAUGGUCGUCUCGUGUAAAUGAUCAUAAGUCGUGGCUUCAAGUGGACCUUGGCGGUUAUACCACAGUGACAGGUGUGGCGACUCAGGGGAGGAACUCUUCAAUAUUGCGGCAGUGGAUAACAACUUACACGUUACAUUUUAGUUAUGACGAAGUAAUCUUCCAGUUAUACAAAGAACCUAAUGAAAUGUCAGCUAAGGUAUUCCAGGGAAAUCAAGACGGUGAUACAGUUGUGUAUAACAAGUUGAUCUCGCCAAUCACUGCUCGUUACAUCAGGCUAUUGCCAGUCACGUGGCACAACCAUAUAUCACUCAGAAUGGAGCUCUAUGGGUGUCGAGGUUGUUCCUCACCACUUGGCAUGGAAAGUCAGGUUAUCUCCGAUAGUCAAAUCACUGCCUCCACCUCCGCCUCCCGAUGGUAUUACGGUUCUGCUAAAUCUGCACGGUUGAACUUGGGCGGCUGGAUUGCUUAUGGAGCUACUCAUAGACAAUGGCUUCAGGUGGAUCUUGGAACUUACUCAACUGUGACAAGUGUCGCAACUCAAGGAGUAAAAUUGUACCGGUACAGGUGGUACUGGUACCAGCCCGAAUUCUGGACAACUAGUUACAAUUUACAAUACAGUGAUGAUGGAAUAGCCUUUCAUUUUUACAAAGAACCUGGAAAAACUCUACCUAAGGUGUUUAAUGGAAAUCAAGACUACCAGUCAGUUGUGCGUAACAAGCUAAAACAAUCAAUCAGAGCUCGUUACAUUCGAUUCAAACCUUAUAACCCAAACAGUUAUAACCUCGGAAUGCGAACCGAAAUAUAUGGUUGUCUAGAAUGCGCAGUCCCUCUUGGCAUGGAAAGUAGGUCAAUAUUUGAUGCGCAAAUCACCGCUUCCUCGCAAAUGGAUGGAGACCACUCCGCAGUACAAGGCAGGUUGCAUUUUCAGGCCGAAGGAAGCAAAGCCGGAGGGUGGUCGGCUCUUACAAAUGAUACCAACCAAUGGCUUCAGGUGGAUUUUGGUAGUUACACUCGAGUGACGCAAGUGGCGACUCAGGGGAUGAACGGAGCUGAUGAGUGGGUGACCAGAUACAAGUUACAGUACAGUGAUAAUGGAGUGACUUACAAGUUCUACCAAAAAACUGGAGACACUUCGGUUACGGAAUUAAGCGGAAAUCGAGACCCUGACGAGAUUGUGUAUAAUACACUUCGUCCGCCACUCAAAGCACGGUAUUUCCGCAUAAUCCCAACAAAGUGGAACAAACAUAUCUCCAUGAGGAUAGAGCUCUUUGGAUGUCCAGAUUGUAUUUCACCAGUCGGUAUGGAGAGUGGAUUGAUCUCAGAUGGUCAAAUCAGUGCAUCAUCUCAACUGGAUGAUAAUCAUGCGCCACAGCGUGCCAGACUAAAUACCAAGAUAAGUGGAAUAAAACAGGGCGGUUGGCUUCCUCUUACAAAUGACCGUGAUCAAUGGCUUCAGGUGGAUCUUGGUAGUUACACUCGAGUAACACGAGUGGCGACUCAAGGGAGGGAUGGCUAUGAUCAAUGGGUGACUUCUUUUGAGUUACAAUACAGUGUUAACGAAAUCACUUUCACGUCCUACAAGGAAGUUGUUGGAGGCAACCCCAAGAUGUUCACCGGAAACAGCGAUAGUGAAACUGCUGUUUACAAUAUCCUCAAACCUCCAAUCACAACACGAUACAUAAGGAUCUUACCCAUAGCGUGGAGUACAAGUAUAGCGAUGAGAAUAGAAAUCUACGGUUGUACAGUUUGUAACAGACCUCUUGGAAUGGAAAGUGGAGCAAUCAAGGAUGCGCAAAUAACCGCCUCUACACAGUGGGAUGACAACCAUGCCCCACAGAGGGCCAGGCUGAAUAUGAAGUUGACUGGAGUAAAGAGAGGAGCCUGGUUAUCUCGUGUAAAGGAUCUCAAACAGUGGCUUCAAGUGGAUCUUGGCAGCUAUACCACUGUGACUGGCGUCGCAACACAGGGGAGGAAUGGACAUUGGCCAGAGCAGUGGGUAACCAAGUACAGGUUGCAAUACAGUAAUGAUGGAGUGAACUUCCAUUACUACAAAGAAAAAGAAGACAACUCAUUCAAGCUGUUUGAUGGUAAUCAAGACACCGACAGCAUUGUAUAUCAUAAAUUGGCAAGGCAAAUUACGGCACGUUACAUCCGAUUCAUUCCGGUGGAAUGGCGAAAUCACAUCUCUAUGAGAUUGGAAAUCUAUGGCUGUGAAGAAUGCUUUACACCUCUUGGUAUGGAAGAUGGAAUGAUCCCUGAUAUCCAGGUCAGUUCUUCUUCGCGACUGGAUGACAAUCAUUCACCAAGUCAGGCCAGACUGAAUUUUAAAGAAGAAAGAAAUGUGGCAGGAGGAUGGUCAGCUCAGUUAAACGAUAAGAACCCAUGGCUGCAGGUCGAUCUUGGCAGUUAUACUAGAGUGACGCGUGUGGCGACUCAAGGGAUGAAUGCCAACGAUGAGUGGGUGACCAAAUACAAGUUACAGUUCAGUGACGAUGGAAAAAACUUCCAGUAUUACAAGCAACAGGGUGACAAAAAAUGGACGGUGCUGAAUGGGAAUAAAGGAAGUGAUAUCAUUGUAGAAAAUAAUCUGAAACCUCCAGUUACAGCACGGUUUAUACGGUUUAUACCAACCGGUUGGCACAAUAAUAUCUCCAUGAGAACAGAGAUCUAUGGCUGUCCAGCAUGUAUGACUGUUCUUGGAAUGGAAAGUCAGGCAAUAGAAGAUGCUCAGAUUAGUGCUUCUUCGCAACUGGAUGGUAACCAUUCUGCAAUACAGGGAAGACUGCACCUUGAGAGAAAUGGUCGAAAGCAGGGUGGCUGGUCGGCGCUUACAAAUGAUCGUAAUCAGUGGUUACAAGUGGAUCUGAAUACUUUUGCACGGGUAACGGUAAUAGCGACUCAGGGGAGACAUGGAUUCAAAGAAUGGGUCACCAAAUACAGUAUGCAGUACAGCGAUGAUGGUGUGACCUUCACUCUCUACAAGGAAUCUGACAGCAGCUCAGAAAAGGUGUUUGAUGGAAAUCAAGAUUCAGAUACUGUCGUGUACAACAAACUGACUUCACCAAUAACAGCUCGGUACAUACGGCUGAUACCAACGACUUGGAACAACCACAUCUCGAUGAGGAUGGAAUUGUAUGGCUGCCCAGGAUGCGUGUCACCGUAUGGCAUGGAAAAUCGCAAAAUUUCUGAUUCCCAAAUUAAGUCGUCUUCACAACUGGACGAAAAUCAUUCCGCAAAGCAUUCUAGGUUGCAUUUAAAGGCAAACAGAGGAAAUGGAGGAAGCUGGUCAGCGCUUAUAAAUGACGUAAACCAAUGGCUUCAGGUGGACCUCGGUAGUUACAUCCGGGUGACGGGCAUAGCUACUCAGGGAAGGAAUGGGCACGAUGAGUGGGUGACAAAGUUCAGGCUGCAGUACGGCGAAGAUGAAGAUGUCCUUCAUUUCUUUGAGGAUCCAGGCGAUUUUGCCGCAAGGGUUUUCAAAGGAAAUACAGACAGCGACACUGUUGUGUACAACGCACUGACUCCACCAAUCAUAACGCGUUAUAUUCGAUUUAAACCUGCUGAGUGGCACAGUCGAAUAUCAAUGAGGAUCGAAAUCUAUGGCUGUCCAGGUUGUACAAAUCCUCUUGGAAUGGUAUCUGGAUCAAUAUCUGAUAUUCAGAUAACAGCAUCAUCUCAAUUGGAUGGCAAUCACUCCGCAUCACAGGCCAGGUUACAUUUCCAAGCCGAUGGUUACAAAGUUGGGGGUUGGUCAGCUCUCACAAAUGACAGUAACCAAUGGCUUCAAGUGGAUUUUGGUAGGUACACAAAAGUGACGCGCUUGGCGACUCAGGGGAUGGAUGGCUACAAUCAGUGGGUGACCAAAUACAUGUUACAAUACAGUGAUGAUGGCAUAAACUUCCACCUCCAGAAGGAAGCUACAUCGAGUUCUCCAAAGGUGUUCGAUGGAAAUAAAGAUCAAAAGACUGUUGUUUAUAACGUAUUGAGCCCACCAAUAACCACGCGCUACAUCCGACUUCAGCCGGUGGCCUGGAACGACCACAUAUCGAUGAGAAUGGAGAUCUACGGCUGUCCAGGUUGUGCAGCACCACUUGGCAUGGAUAGCGGAGCAAUCACCGAUGCACAGAUAAGUGCUUCUUCACAGUGGGAUGAUAACCAUGCGGCCAGGCAAGGAAGGUUGCAUUAUAAGAGAGUUUUUGGCACCUCCGGUAGUUGGUCAUCACGUAGAAAUGAUUUAAACCAAUGGUUUCAAGUGGAUCUUGGUCAAUAUACUACAAUAAAUGGUAUAGCGACCCAAGGCAGAAAUCAUCCGUGGAUAGACCAGUACGUGAAAGCAUACAAGUUACAGUAUAGUGACGAUGGAGUAUCUUUUUACUUUUACAAGGAGACGCCACUUGAAGCUGAGACGGUCUUUCUUGGAAAUAAAGACAGAGAGACUGUUGUCUAUAACGAAAUACGCCAGCCAAUCAGAGCACGUUAUAUACGAAUUAGACCAGUGGAUUGGAACCAACACAUAUCCAUAAGGGUUGAGAUCUAUGGCUGUCCAGGCUGUGUUGCUCCCCUCGGCAUGGAAAGUAAAUCAAUCUCUGAUGCACAAAUAUCUGCCUCCUCACAACUGGAUGAUGAUCAUGCUCCAAAGCAGGCCAGGUUGCACAUUCAAGCAGCCAUUAAUGGUAAAAGUGGGGGAUGGUCUGCUCGCACGAACGAUCUUUAUCAAUGGCUUCAGGUGGACCUUAGAAGUAAAACAAUUGUGACACGUAUAGCGACACAAGGGAGAGAUGGACUGGAUGAGUGGGUGACCAAAUACAGAAUACAAUUUAGCUAUUCUGGGAUCAACUUCCAAUUUUACAAGAAAGCAGAACAUAGUUCUGCACAGGUUUUCGACGGAAAUGAAGACAGUGCAACAGUUGUAGUUAACAAACUGACCGACGUAAUCAGAGCGCGUUUCAUCCGGCUAUUGCCGAUAGAAUGGCACAAACACAUAUCAAUGAGAAUUGAGAUUUAUGGAUGCCCAGACUGCAUCGCGCCUCUUGGUAUGGAAAGCGGAAAUAUCGCUGAUUCUAAGAUAAUCGUAUCCUCGAUUUUGGAUGAUAAUAGCCCACCAAGCCAGGCCAGGUUAAAUUAUAAAGUGGACGGUGGCUUUGGGGGAGGUUGGUCAGCUCACACAAAUAAUGCUAGCCAAUUUCUUCAAGUGGACCUUGGUACUUACACACGUGUGACGCGUGUGGCCACUCAAGGAAGGAACGGAUACGAUCAGUGGGUGACCAAAUAUAAGGUGGAGUACGGUGAGGAUGGCCAAAGCUUCCGGGUGUACAAACCAUCAAAUCUCAGCGUAGCCAAGGUGUUUACUGGAAAUCAAAAUAGCGAUGCAGUGGUUUACAACAGUCUGACGCCACCAAUCACAACAAGGUUUAUACGACUGAUACCAGUGGAGUGGCACAAUCAUAUCUCAAUGAGGAUUGAGGUCUAUGGCUGUCCAGGAUGCGCUGCAGCACUUGGUAUGGAGAAUAAAGAAAUACCUGAUGCCAACAUAAAUGUAUCUUCACAACUGGACGCGGACCAUAGCGCAAAGGAGGCAAGGUUAAACUCGAAAGGGGGAUGGUCAGCCUUGAACAAUAACUUCAAUCAGUGGCUUCAAGUAAAUAUCGGUUAUAACUCCCAAGUGACAGGUGUUGCGACACAGGGGAUGACUGGGAACGACCAGUGGGUGUCCAGAUACCGCAUACAAUAUAGCAGUGACGGAGUGACAUUUGAAUUUUACAAUUCAACGGAAGACAGUUCAGCAAAGGUAUUCUAUGGAAAUAAGAACGGUGACACGGUUGUAUACAACAUGUUGAGACCACCAAUAACAGCACGUUACAUUCGCCUGAUUCCUGUUGAGUGGCACAACCAUAUAUCGAUGAGGGUGGAAAUCUACGGUUGCUCAGUGGUUAACGAUUCGCCAGCACCAGAAAUGACGACAGAAGCUAGCACCGUCAGAGGAGCAGAGAAUAAUGGAAAACGAAAAACAGAAGGUGUCAAUAUACCUGCUGUGCUGUUACCCGUGGUCUUAAGCAUUCUAAUCGCUGCCUUGGGAUUAUUUUAUUGGAAAAGGAGAGCUCAAAAGCAUGUGCACAUCAAAUCAAUCUCAUUUCAGACAGGAACCAAUGAAUUGAACUAUGCAGUGAACAGAAUAUACGAUGAAGGGGCCGAUGAGGUGGUGUAUCAUGAUUUUGAAGAUUGAAGACUCCAGCCCCGAGGAUAUGUUUUAGCCUCUUAUACUGUUUUAAAAUAAACUAAAGAAAAAAGAAGAAAGGAUAAUCAAAUGUAAACAUCCUCUUGGGAUUUGAACUAUUUUCCCUAUGAAUAGUCAAAGUUGAGAACAUCACGCAGACGUAACAUAUACCGUUUUUCUUAUCAGCAAGGGGAUGAUAAGUAAGUUAACCAAUUUUUCAUUGUGUGAAUGCGAAGGGACGGUCUAUUUGAGUUAGUUGCUGUCUAAACGAUGUAAGUUUAGAACGGUUGAUGAUUACUGGCUCACAGACCGUUUCUCGCUUACAUUGAGUGUCGUAAAAACACAGAACCAAAGUUAUCAGAACAGCAAAUCGGAGGAUAGAAUAAAUAGCCUUAAGAAACAAUGAGAACUCAGAGAAAAACCAACCUCACCGCCCAAGGCGCGGGAAAACGCGCCUUGGGCGCGUCGAGAUUAGCUUUAGUUUUGCAUUUGAUUGGCUGGGAGAGUAGCGCGAGGUUUUUGGACUAAUCACAGAACGGAACAAAGCAAAACCAAUGGAAUCCUAGAUUACUUUUGACGCUUUAUUGUAAACUGCUCUAAUCUGAAAACCACACCAGCAACAAUUCGUUGUCCAACUGAAAACUAUGGCUCGCAAACUUUAGGUAAAUU